UGUUCCCCAGCAGCGUGCAGUCAGGACAGGUUAUAUGAACGGAACCGGAAACAGUGAGCCAGUCGUCGGUCGGUGACGAUUCAUAACAAGGAAGUAGCGUUAGCUGUAAAUGGCGGAGAGUUGAGCAGGAAUAUGAGCAGAUGAAUCAUUUUUAAUGAGUUGUAUGAAAGAAAUGCCGUGAUAAAUGUAAACUGUGGUUGUUUUGUGUUUAAAUCUGAGCUGUAAAAUUAUUUUAGUGGUCUCCAGAUGUGCUUGUUUGUAGCCUCUGGUCUCAGAUCAGCCUAGUUACAUCCACGUUAUUGUUUAAAGCUUACAUUUUAGGGUGUGUUUUAGUUGUGUUUGUUUAGGUAUUACUCAAAAAAGCUGACAAAAAGUGCAUGAAAGUAGUGUUUUUAGGGAAGAUACAGCUUUUCGUUGACUGCCAGUUGAUGUUUGUUAACAUUGGUGGCUGUUUGUCUGCAGAGGAAAGUUACAUUGUGUUGUUGUUACACUGAAACAUUGUACUUAUUCGUUCACACUACACUACAUUUGUAUAAAUAUGCACAUUGCAGUAUGUAUUCUGCACUUCAUUAAAAAACAACUCUACUGUAGUACACUUUUUGACAGUGAUAGUAACUAGUUGUAGGUUCAGAUUUCAAAUGAUCAACAAAUAUAACAUGAUGCAUUUUUUAUAGAACAAACUACUCCACAGUAAAUGAAGUGGUUAAAACCUUAAUACAUCAAUAACAACAUAAGUAUUUUUACGUUUUAUACUGAAACAUUAAGCUGAUAAUACUUUUGAAUGCAGGACUUGUGAACAUUGUGGUUUUAUCUUGAGUAAGAAUCAGAGUACAUCCUCCACCACUGCUGUUUGCCUUAUGAGGAUGACCAGCGGGAGGUCAUAGUUUAUUUAUUAUUUAAUUUAUUACAACAUCAUUGCUUACAGGGCAAAGGCAGCUGCUCUGUCUGGGGAAAUGUGCAGCAUCCAAACAGUUUUAGUCUUUGCUCUCGUAGCAGCAACCAGCUUCACACCUGUAUAUGUCCUGGAGUUCUGCCAAGCUACUGACCGUGAAUGCCACAGUCAUGACGAAAUGCCAUCAGGCACCGUCAAAUCCAGGUGGAACAUGAGUGUUUCAGACCUCCUACAGGACCUGGACCAAUUCAGUGUGUCCUGCAAGAAGCUUAUAGAAGCAUUUCCAGUAGAUGAGGUUGAUGGCAACUUUGUUCGCACUGUAAAGAACUGCAUAUUCUCCAAAUCCAUUCCAACCCCACUGAAAGGCCCGUUAAGACUGGCAGCAGUUUCCAAGGAUGUCAUUGAAGGCAUCUUAGAUGUAGACGUGGCUGUAACACAGUCUGAGGAGUUCCUGCAAUAUGCCAGUGGUGGCAGACUGCUACAAGGAUCGGUACCACUUGCACACAGAUAUGGAGGUCAUCAGUUUGGCUACUGGGCAGGUCAGCUUGGCGAUGGUCGAGCACAUUCUCUUGGUCAGUAUACAAACAGGAACGGAGAAGUAUGGGAACUGCAGCUCAAAGGCUCUGGAAAAACACCAUAUUCAAGGUCAGGCGAUGGUCGAGCUGUGAUCCGCUCCUCUGUAAGGGAGUUCCUGUGCAGUGAAGCCAUGCAUUUCCUGGGUGUUCCAACCAGCAGGGCUGCCAGUCUAAUUGUAAGUGACGAGCCGGUGUUGAGGGAUCAAUUCUACAAUGGCAAUGUGAAGACAGAGAGAGGAGCUGUUGUUCUCCGGUUAGCAAAGUCAUGGUUUCGGAUUGGAUCUUUAGAAAUUUUGGCUCAAAGUGGAGAGAUAGAUCUCCUGAGAAAGCUGUUGAACUUUGUGAUUGGUGAACAUUUUGCUUCAGUCGAUUCAGAUGACCCAGAUAAAUAUUUGGUGUUUUAUUCCACAGUUGUAAAUGAAACAGCACACCUGAUUGCCCAGUGGAUGUCUGUUGGGUUUGCACACGGUGUGUGCAACACAGACAACUUCAGUCUGCUGUCUAUCACCAUCGAUUACGGACCAUUUGGCUUCAUGGAGUCGUAUAACCCCAAUUUUGUCCCCAACACAUCUGACGAUGAGGGCAGAUACAGCGUAGGAGCUCAGGCCAACACUGGACUGUUCAACCUGGAGAAACUCUUGAUGGCUCUCAGUCCGGUGCUUUCUGAAAAACAGCAGAAAGAGGCUAAAAUGAUUUUAAAAGGAUAUGUUGAUAUUUACCAUAUGAGGAUUCAUCAGCUAUUUAAAGCUAAACUGGGGCUUCUAGGUGAAGAGGAGGAGGAUGGCUACCUCAUUGCGUUCCUGCUUAAGAUGAUGGAGGACACACAGUCAGACUUCACCAUGACAUUCAGGCAGCUCAGUGAAGUUUCAGCCCAGCAGCUUCACAACAGUGACUUCACACAGAUGUGGGCUCUUGAAGACUUGUCGUCCCACAAGCUCUUCUCUGAUUGGCUCAGAAUGUACCUGCUCCGGCUCAGCAGACAACGAGAUGAUAGUGAUUUAGAUCGCCAACACAGGAUGAAAAAUGUAAAUCCUAGAUAUGUGCUGCGGAACUGGAUGGCAGAGUCUGCUAUAGGGAAAGCUGAGAUGAACAAUUUUUCUGAGGUGGAGCUGCUGCACCACAUCAUGUCCUUUCCCUUUGUUACACAAGAGACUGCAGAGGAGGCGGGCUAUGCAGCAAGACCUCCAGUGUGGGCUAAGAGGUUAAAGGUCAGCUGUUCCUCUUGAGUAACUCCUUGAUUGAGCAAAGUACUAAAAUGAAGAAGAAUUACAACCCAGCUGAGCUUUUAUAGUACAUUGUGGUCAUUUAUGUCCUGUUGGUGGAAUAUAUUUGGUCCAAAAUGUCAAGGUCAUGGUUCUUUUAUACUCCUUUCUACCCACUAUGUGUGGAUACAGUGACCAACAAAAAAUGUAUAAUUGUAUAUGGCUCUUAGUGUAACAGAAGAAUGAAAUUCUAAUUGUAUUUAGCUCAUAAAAGUGUACUUUGACUGUUUGACAACUACAUACUUUCAUCCAUAUUGACACCAAAAUAAAUACAACGAU